AUGAUAAAUGGGCAGCCAGAGUGUUUGCCAGUUUCUGCGGCCACGUGCUGGGCUGGGGGUUACUUGCAUUACCACACCUUCGAUGGCCGACUGUAUGACAUCCAUGGCGCCUGCACCUACACCGUGGCCAAGACCUGUGGGUGUGACUGCGACCCGCACUCCUUUGACAUCACGGCUGAGAAUGGGAACAGGGGGAACACCCAGAUCUCAUACAUUGGGUCGCUGACCAUCCAGGUGGAUGGCGUUACCAUCACAGUGGCCAGGGCAGAAGUCGGCUUUGUGAGGGUGAAUAACACCAGGGCCCACUUACCCAUCUACCUCAACAACGGGGCCCUUCGGAUCUAUCAGAGUGGCACCUCCCUCAUCCUCCGCACCAACUUCAACCUCAGAGUGUCCUAUGACUGGAACAACCACCUGAGGGUCACUGUCCCUAAUGACUUCUCCGACAGCCUGUGCGGCCUGUGUGGCAACUAUAAUGGGGACCAUUCUGAUGACUUCUGGACCCCAGCCGAGGAUCAGGAGCCCAGUGUCAUUCUGCAGGAGCAAACCUGGGCAGUGGAAGAUGAGGAUCAGUUUUGCUGGCAUGAUUGCACUGGAGGUUGCAGACCCUGUGCCGCCAGCAUAGCCAGAAAGUACAAGGAGGAAGCCUCGUGCGGCCUGAUAACCAAGGUCUCAGAUGGGCCCUUCAGCCAGUGCCACAGCAAGGUGGAUCCUACAGUCUACUUGGACAACUGCGUAUAUGAUCUGUGCCACAAUGACGGCCACCGGAAGGCCCUGUGUGAGGCCCUGAAGGCCUACGCGGAUGCCUGCCAGCUGGAGGGGGUCAGGAUUGGGGAAUGGAGGCAGCUGGUCAGAUGUCCCAUGGAGUGCCCCCUGGAGAACAGCCAGUAUCAACUCUGUGGAACAGCCUGCCCAGCCACGUGUAUGGACCAGUCAGCCCCCAGCAGCUGCCAAGACCCCUGUGUGGAAAGCUGCCAGUGCAAGGAUGGUUUUGUGCUGAGCCAGGGCAAAUGCAUCCCCAAAGGCAGCUGUGGGUGCCUAUUCGAGGGGCGCCCCUUUGCCCCCAAUGAGAACUUCUGGGUCGACGAGGCAUGUGGAACAUGGUGCAUGUGCAACGCAGCCACUAGACAAGUUGAAUGCGUGGCUGCUAAAUGCAAACGUUCAGAGAGGUGUGGGCUAGUGAAUGGCAUAAGGGGCUGUUACCCCUCUAGCUACGCCACCUGCUCUGUGACAAGGAAUCUGCACUAUGCCACCUUUGAUGGACAGAGAUACAACUUCCAAGGCACCUGCCACUACCAGCUAACUGCCCUGUGCAAGAAGGGAGAGGGACUGGUGGACUUUGAAGUCUAUUUCCAGGAGAACAGUACUACUCCUGUACAGAUCAAGGUUUAUGAGACUGACAUCAGGGUCAGCAAUCAAUUCCCUGGCAAAAUCAUGGUGAACCGUUUCCUCCUUACCCUUCCAUUCAACCUCGAUGAUAAGAAAAUCACUGUGUAUAGAAAGGGCUUGGCCACAGUGAUUCAGACAGACUUUGGCCUCAGCAUUACCUAUACCAGGUGGUCAGGACGCACCACGGUCACUCUGCCAGUCACCUACGUAGGAGCCGUGUGUGGUCUCUGUGGCAAUUUUAACAUGGACAGGAAAGACGACAUGCUUAUGAGGGAUGGCAUGCUGGCACCAAACCCUAUCAGCUUUGGCCAGAGCUGGAAGGUGGGCGACCUCUCGGGAUGCUCUGCAGUAACGAUACCACCUUGUGCAAGUCUAGAAGCUAUUGAAGAACAACAACGAGCUCUGUCCUGUCCCACGAACAGUCACUAUGAAUUCUGCAGCAAGAGCUGCGAUUUGACAUGCAGCAACCUCUAUGCCCCGGUGCAAUGCACGACCCGGUGUAAGGAAGGCUGCGUGUGUGACGAAGGCUUUGUUCUCAGUGGUGACCUCUGUGUCCCCUUUUCCCAGUGCGGAUGCCUCCACAGAGGACUUUACUACCAGGCCGGGGAGACCUUCCACCCAAGUGGUUCAUGCGAGGAACAGUGUGUGUGUCAGGCUGGCGGGGAGGUUGUGUGUAAGGCAUUCUCCUGUGGUGCUGGUGAGCAAUGCAGGGUGGUGGACGGCAUCCAGAAAUGUCACCCAUUUGGAUCUGCAACCUGUUCUGCCUCUGGCCAUCCCCACUACCUCUCUUUCGAUGGGGUCCCCUUUGACUUCCAAGGCACCUGCACCUACAUCCUGGCCAAGACCUGCACCGAUGCCCGUGACCUGACACCUUUCACCAUCAGCGUAGAGAAAGAAUCCUGGGGCAGCGGGAAUGUCUCCAUGGCCAAGCUGGUGUCCAUCCAGGUGUAUGGGAUCACACUCACCCUGCUGCAGAACAAACAGGGGCUUAUCAUGGUGGAUGGGGUAUUCCACAACCUCCCGGUGAUCACGGCCAACAGGCGGCUCCAAGCAUAUCAGCAUGGUACUAACAUCCUGGUGCAAACUGACUUUGGCCUCAUUGUGAGUUACGACCUGGUUUACCAGGCCAGAGUCACCGUUCCACAGCGAUACCAGGGCCACACAUGUGGCCUCUGCGGGAACUACAGUGGAUGGCAGGACAGCAAGUUCCUGCUCCCCAGUGGCAGGACAGCCUCUGAUGUGGCAGCAUUUGGCUCUGCUUGGGAAGUCCAGGUCCCAGGAGCAUCAUGUGUAAACAGAUGUGCUGGGAACAGCUGUCCAGUUUGUGAGGAGAGGAAGAAGGACGUCUUCAAACAGAACCACUACUGCGGGUUGCUCACAGCCCCUGACAGCCCCUUCACUGCCUGCCACGGCACGGUCAGCCCCAGCGUGUAUUUCAACAACUGCCUGUAUGAUCUGUGCCUGGGAAAGGGGGACUCCCAGGUCCUGUGCCAGAGCAUCCACAGCUACGUGACGGCCUGCCAAGAGGCCAAGGUCACCAUCCUGCCCUGGAGGAGCGCCUCCUUCUGCCCUGUGAGCUGCCCUGCCAACAGCCACUAUGAGGUCUGUGCUGACCUCUGCACUGUCACCUGCGCUGGAAACAUCGUAGACUGCCCGGAGACCUGUGCCGAAGGCUGCCAGUGUGACGAGGGCUUCUUCUUUGACGGCCAGGGCUGUGUGACUCAGGAGAGCUGUGGAUGCUUCCAACAGGGGAGAUACUACAAGCCCAGUGAGGUGGUCCUGAUGAACAAGUGCCAGCAAAGCUGCUCCUGCAUUCCCACCCACGGGGUGACCUGCAAAGCCCACAGCUGCUCCAGAGGAGAAACCUGCCAGAUCAGAGACGGCGUUAUGGGCUGCAUCAGCCAAGAUAUUCCAAAGCCAUCCUGCAGUGUGGUUCGCUGCAGGGAAGGAACUAUUUGCAAGAUGAUAAAUGGGCACCGAGAGUGUGUGCCAGUCUCUCAGGCCACGUGCUGGGCCAGGGGAUACUUGCAUUACCACACCUUCGAUGGACGGGCGUAUGAUUUCCACGGCACCUGCAACUACACGGUGGCCAAGACCUGCAGGGAUGACUCCAUCCUGCCCUCCUUCCAUGUCACAGCCAAGAACGAGAACAGUGGGAACACACAGGUUGUCUACAUUUGGUCAGUGACUGUCCAGGUGGAUGGAGUCACCAUCACAGCAGCCAGGGCUGAGGUCGGCUUUGUGUGGGUGAAUAACACCAGGGCCCACUUACCCAUCUCCCUGAACAACGGGGCCCUUCGGCUCUAUCAGAGUGGCACCUCCCUCGUCCUCCGCACCAACUUCAACCUCAGGGUGUACUAUGACUGGAACAACCACCUGAGGGUCACCGUCCCUAAUGACUUCUUCGACAGCCUGUGUGGCCUGUGUGGCAACUAUAAUGGGGACCCUGCCGAUGACUUCCGGACCCCAGAUGGGGACCAGGCUCCCAGUGUCACCGCCUUGGGGAAAAGCUGGGCAGUGGAAGAUGAGGAUUAUUUUUGCUGGCACGAUUGCAUUGGAGGUUGCAGGCUCUGUGCUGCCAACAUAGCCAGAAAGUACAAGGAGGAGGCCUCAUGUGGCCUGAUAACCAAGCUCUCAGAUGGGCCCUUCAGACAAUGCCACACCAAGGUGGAUCCUACAGUCUACUUGGACAACUGCGUGUAUGAUCUCUGCCACAACGAGGGCUACAGGAAGGCCCUGUGUGAGGCCCUGAAGGCCUACGCAGACGCCUGCCAGCUGGAGGGGGUCAGGAUUGGGGAAUGGAGGCAGCUGGCCAGAUGCCCCAUGGAGUGCCCCCUGGAGAACAGCCAGUACCAGCUCUGUGGAACAGCCUGCCCAGCCACGUGUGUGGACCCGUCAGCCCCCAGCAGCUGCCAAGACCCCUGCGUGGAAAGCUGCCAGUGCAAGGAUGGGUUUGUGCUGAGCCAGGGCAAAUGCAUACCCAAGAGCAGCUGUGGGUGCCAGUUUGAAGGGCGCCCCUAUGCCCCCAACGAGAGCUUCUGGGUCGACAAGGCAUGUGGGACACGGUGCAUGUGCAACGCAGCCACUAGACAAGUUGAUUGCGUGGCUGCUACAUGCAAACACUCAGAGAGGUGCAGGCUAGUGAACGGCAUACAGGGCUGUUACCCCUCCAGCUAUGCCACCUGCUCUGUGACAAGGAAUCUGCACUAUGCCACCUUUGAUGGACAGAGAUACAACUUCCAAGGCACCUGCCGUUACCAACUCACAGCUCUGUGCAAGAAGGUGGAUGGACUGGCGGACUUUGAGGUCUACUUCCAGGAAAGCAAUACUGGUCCUGUGCAAAUCAAGGUCUAUGAGACCGACAUCAGGGUCAGCAAUCAAUUCCCUGGGAAAAUCAUGGUGAACAGUUUCCUGAUUACUCUUCCCUUCAACCUCGAUGAUAAGAAAAUCACUGUAUAUAGAAAGAGCUGGGCCACAGUGAUCCAGACAGACUUUGGUCUCACCGUUACCUAUUCUGGGUGGUCAGGACGCACCACAGUGACUCUGCCAGUCACCUACGCGGGAGCCGUGUGUGGUCUGUGUGGCAAUUUUAACAGUGACAGUGAGGAUGACAUGCUCAUGAGGGAUGGCAUCCUGGCACCAAACCCCAUCAGCUUUGGCCAGAGCUGGAAGCUGGGCGACCUCCCGGGAUGCUCUGCAGUAAUGAUACCACCAUGUGCAAGUGUAGAGGCUAUUGAAAAAGAACAACGAGGUAGCAGAGGGCAGUGUGGGCUCAUCCUAUACAAGAGUGGCCCUUUCAGAGGAUGUCACAGCAAAGUGGACCCCCAUGGAUACUUCGUAGACUGCGUGUAUGGGUAUUGCGUCCUCAGUGGGCGGGAGAGUUACAUCUGCCAGGCCAUUGCUGGCUAUGCUGAGGCAUGUCAGGAAGCUGGAGCUAUGGUGCGUCCCUGGAGGACAACGAAAUUCUGCUCUCCAUCCUGUCCCCAGAACAGUCACUACGAAUUCUGCAGCACCAGCUGCGAUCUGACAUGCAGCAACCUCUAUGACCCGGUGCAGUGCAUGACCCGGUGUAAGGAAGGCUGCGUGUGUGACGAGGGCUUUGUUCUCAGUGGUGACCGCUGCGUCCCCAUUUCCCAGUGCGGAUGCCUCCACAGGGGAAUUUACUACCAGGCUGGGGAGACCUUCCACCCGACUGGGUCAUGCGAGGAGCAGUGUGUGUGUCAGGAUGGUGGGGAGGUUGUGUGUAAGGCAUUCUCCUGCGGCGCUGGUGAGCAAUGCGGGGUGGUGGACGGUGUCCAGAAAUGCCACCCAUUUGGAUCUGUGACCUGUUCUGCCACUGGCCAUCCCCACUACCUCUCUUUCGAUGGGGUCUCCUUUGACUUCCAACGCACCUGCACCUACAUCCUGGCCAAGACCUGCACCGAUGCCCGUGACCUUACACCAUUCACUAUCAGCAUAGAGAAAGAAGAUUGGGGCACCAGGAACAUGUCUGUGGCCAAGCUGGUAUCCAUUCAGGUGUACGGGAUCACACUCACCCUGCUGCAAAACAAACAGGGGCUCGUCAUGGUGAAUGGGGUGUCCCACAACCUCCCAGUGAUCGUGGUUGAUGGGCAACUUAGAGCGUAUCAGCAUGGCACAAACAUUCUGGUGCAAACCAACUUCGGCCUCACUGUGAGCUACGACCUGGUUUACCAGGCCAGGGUCACUAUCCCAGAGAGCUACAAGGGCCAGACAUGCGGCCUUUGCGGGAACUACAAGGGACAGGAAGAUGAAGAGUUCCUGCUCCCUGAUGGCAGCACAGCCCCUGAUGCAGCAGCAUUUGGCUCUGCUUGGGAAGUCCAGAUCCCAGGAGCAUCCUGCACAGACAGAUGUGCUGGAAACAGCUGUCCAGUUUGCGAAGAGAAGAAGAAGGAGGUCUUCAAAGGGCGCAACUCCUGUGGACUGCUCACAAACCCCGACGGCCCCUUCGCGUCCUGCCACGGCACAGUUAGCCCCAGCGUGUAUGAGAACAACUGCAUGUAUGAUCUGUGCCUGGCCAAUGGGGAUGCACAGGUUCUGUGCCAGAACAUCCACAGCUACGUGACAGCCUGCCAAGAGGCCAGGGUCCCCAUCCUGCCCUGGAGGAGCGCCUCCUUCUGUGCUGUGAGCUGCCCAGUCAACAGCCAUUAUGAAGUCUGCGCCGACCUCUGCACCACCACCUGCACUGGAGAUAUCAUGGACUGCCCGGAGACCUGUGCUGAAGGCUGCCAGUGUGACGAUGGCUUCUUCUUCGAUGGCCAGGGCUGUGUGACUCUAGAAAGCUGUGGGUGCUUCGAGCGUGGGAGAUAUUACAAGCCCAGAGAGACCGUCCUGACUAAUGAGUGCCAGCAAAGCUGCACCUGCGUUCCUGCUCGAGGGGUGACUUGUAAAGCCCACAGCUGCUCCCAAGAAGAAAUCUGCCAGAUUAGAGAUGGCGUUAGGGCCUGCAUCAGCAAAGUUAUUCCAUCCUGCAGUGUGGUUCGCUGCAGGGAAAGAACUAUUUGCAAGAUGAUAAAUGGGCAGCCAGAGUGUGUGCCAGUAUCUCAGGCCACGUGCUGGGCUGGGGGUUACUUGCAUUACCACACCUUCGAUGGACGGGUGUAUGAUUUCCACGGCACCUGCAACUACACGGUGUCCAAGAGCUGCAGGGAUGACUCCGUCCUGCCCUCCUUCCAUGUCAUGGCCAAGAUCGAGAACAGGGGGAAUACACAGGUCUUCUACAUUGGGUCGGUAACUGUCCAGGUGGAUGGAGUCACCGUCACAGCAGCCAGGGCUGAGGUCGGCUUUGUGGGGGUGAAUAACACCAGGGCCCACUUACCCAUCUCCCUGAACAAAGGGGCCCUUCGGAUCUAUCAGAGCGGCACCUCCCUCGUCCUCCGCACCGACUUCAACCUCAGUGUGUACUAUGACUGGAACAACCACCUGAGGGUCACUGUCCCCAGGAUCUUCUCCGACAGCCUGUGUGGCCUGUGCGGCAACUAUAACGGGGACCCCUCCGAUGACUUCCAGACUCCGGAUGGGGACCUUGCUCCCAGUGUCACCGCCCUGGGGAAAAGCUGGGCACUGGAAGAUGAGGAUCAGUUUUGCUGGCAUGAUUGCAUUGGAGGUUGUAGGCCCUGUGCUUCCAGCAUAGCCAGAAAGUACAGGGAGGAGGCUUCGUGCGGACUGAUAACCAAGGUCUCAGAUGGGCCCUUCAGUCAGUGCCACAGCAAGGUGGAUCCUACAGUCUACUUGGACAACUGCGUGUAUGAUCUGUGCCACAACGACGGCUACAGAAAGGUCCUGUGUGAGGCCCUGAAGGCCUAUGCAGAUGCCUGCCAGCUGGAGGGGGUCAGGAUUGGGGAAUGGAGGCAGCUGGCCAGAUGCCCCAUGGAGUGCCCCCUGGAGAACAGCCAGUACCAGCUCUGUGGAACAGCCUGCCCAGCCACGUGUGUGGACCAGUCAGCCCCCAGCAGCUGUCAAGACCUCUGUGUGGAAAGCUGCCAGUGCAAGGAUGGUUUUGUGCUGAGCCAGGGCAAAUGCAUACCCAAGGGUGGCUGUGGGUGCCUAUUCGAGGGGCGUCCCUAUGCCCCCAAUGAGAGUUUCUGGGUCGAUGAGGCAUGUGGGACACGGUGCAUAUGCAAUGCAACCACUAGACAAGUCGAAUGCGUGGCUGCCACGUGCAAACACUUGGAGAGGUGCAGGCUAGUGAAUAGCGUACGGGGCUGUUACUCCUCCAGCUACGCCACCUGCUCUGUGACAAGGAAUCUGCACUAUUCCACCUUUGAUGGACAGAGUUACAACUUCCAAGGCACCUGCCUCUACCAGCUCACGGCUCUGUGCAAGAAGGCGGAGGGACUGGUGGACUUUGAAGUCUACUUCCAGGAGAACAAUACCGCUCCUCUACAGAUCAAGGUUUAUCAGACCAACCUCAGGGUCAGCAAUCAAUUCUCUGGGAAAGUCCUGGUGAACAGUUUCCUGAUGAAUCUUCCCUUCAACCUCAUUGAUAAGAAAAUCUCUGUGUACAGAAAUGGCUGGGCCACAGUGAUCCAGGCAGACUUUGGCCUCACAGUUACCUUUGCCGGGUGGUCAGGACGCACCACGGUCACUCUGCCAGUCACCUACGCGGGAGCCGUGUGCGGUCUGUGUGGCAACUUCAACAGUGACAGGGAGGACGACAUGCUCAUGAGGGAUGGCACGCUGGCACCAAGCCCCGUCAGCUUUGGCCAGAGCUGGAAGGUGGGCGACAUCCCGGGAUGCUCUGCAGUAAUGAUACCACCAUGUGCAAGGGUAGAGGCUAUUGAAAAACAACAACGAGGUAGCAGAGGGCAGUGUGGGAUCAUCCUUCACAAGAGUGGCCCCUUCACUGGAUGUCACAGCAAAGUGGACCCGCAUGGAUACUUCGUAGACUGUGUACACGGCUAUUGCGUCCUCAGUGGGUGGGAGAAUAACGUCUGCCAGGCGGUUGCUGGCUAUGCUGAGGCAUGUCAGGAAGCUGGAGCUAUGGUGCAUCCUUGGAGGACUACGAAAUUCUGCUCUCCGUCCUGUCCCCUGAACAGUCACUAUGAAUUCUGCAGCACCAGCUGCGAUCUGACGUGCAGCAACCUCUAUGCCCCGGUGCAAUGCAUGACCCAGUGUAAGGAAGGCUGCGUGUGUGACGAGGGCUUUGUUCUCAGUGGUGACCACUGCGUCCCCUUUUCCCAGUGUGGAUGCCUCCAGAGAGGACUUUACUACCAGGCCGGGGAGACCUUCCAUCCGAGUGGUUCAUGCAAGGAGCAGUGUGUGUGUCAGGCUGGUGGGGAAGUUGUGUGUAAGGCAUUCUCCUGCGGCGCUGGUGAGCAAUGCAGGGUGGUGGACGGCAUCCAGAAAUGCCACCCAUUUGGAUCUGCGACCUGUUCUGCCUCUGGCCAUCCCCACUACCUCUCUUUCGACGGGGUCCUCUUUGACUUCCAAGGCACCUGCACCUACAUCCUGGCCAAGACCUGCACUGAUGUCUGUGACCUUACCCCAUUCACUAUCAGCAUAGAGAAAGAAGAUUGGGGCACCGGCAACAUGUCCGUGGCCAAGCUGGUGUCCAUUCAGGUGUACGGGAUCACACUCACCCUGCUGCAAAACAAACGGGGGCUCAUCAUGGUGAAUGGGGUGUCCCACAACCUCCCAGUGAUCGUGGCUGAUGGGCGACUUAGAGCGUAUGAACAUGGCACAAACAUUCUGGUGCAAACCAACUUCGGCCUUACUGUGAGCUACGACCUGGUUUACCAGGCCAGGGUCACUAUCCCAGAGAGCUACGAGGGCCAGACGUGCGGCCUGUGCGGGAACUACAACAGACAGGAAGAUGAGGAGUUCCUGCUCCCUGAUGGCAGGAUAGCCUCUGAUGUAGCAGCAUUUGGCUCUGCUUGGGAAGUCCAGAUCCCAGGAGCAUCCUGCACAGACAGAUGUGCUGGAAACAGCUGUCCAGUUUGCGAAGAGAAGAAGAAGGAGGUCUUCAAAGGGCGCAACUCCUGUGGGCUGCUCACAGACCCCAACGGCCCCUUCGCAGCCUGCCACGGCACGGUUAGCCCCAGCGUGUAUCAGAACAACUGCCUGUAUGAUCUGUGCCUGGCCAAUGGGGAUGCACAGGUUCUGUGCCAGAGCAUCCACAGCUACGUGACAGCCUGCCAAGAGGCCGGGGCCUCCAUCCAGCCCUGGAGGAACACCUCCUUCUGCCCUGUGAGCUGCCCAGUCAACAGCCAUUAUGAGGUCUGCACCGACCUCUGCACCACCACCUGCACUGGAGAUAUCAUGGACUGCCCAGAGACCUGUGCUGAAGGCUGCCAGUGUGAUGAGGGCUUCUUCUUCGAUGGCCAGGGCUGUGUGACUCUAGAAAGCUGUGGGUGCUUCGAGCGUGGGAGAUAUUACAAGCCCAAUGAGACGGUCCUGAUGAACGAGUGUCAGCAAAGCUGCACCUGCGUUCCUGCUCAAGGGGUGACUUGUAAAGCCCACAGCUGCUCCCAAGAAGAAAUCUGCCAGAUUAGAGAUGGUGUCAGGGCCUGCAUCAGCAAAGUUAUUCCAUCCUGCAGUGUGGUUCGCUGCAGGGAAGGAACUAUUUGCAAGAUGAUAAAUGGGCAUCCAGAGUGUGUGCCAGUCUCUCAGGCCAUGUGCUGGGCUGGGGGUUACUUGCAUUACCACACCUUCGAUGGACGGGUGUAUGAUUUCCACGGCACCUGCAACUACACGGUGUCCAAGAGCUGCAGGGAUGACUCCGUCCUGCCCUCCUUCCAUGUCAUGGCCAAGAUCGAGAACAGGGGGAACACACAGGUCUUCUACAUUGGAUCGGUAACUGUCCAGGUGGAUGGAGUCACCGUCACAGCAGCCAAGGCUGAGGUUGGCUUUGUGGGGGUGAAUAACACCAGGGCCCACUUACCCGUCUACCUCAACAACGGGGCCUUUCGGAUCUAUCAGAGCGGCACCUCCCUCAUCCUCCGCACGAAUUUCAACCUCAGCGUGUACUAUGACUGGAACAACCACCUCAGGGUCACUGUCCCCAGGGUCUUCUCCAACAACCUGUGCGGCCUGUGCGGCAACUAUAACGGGGACCUCUCCGAUGACUUCCGGAUCCCGGAUGGGGACCUGGCUCCCAGUGUUGCUGCCCUGGGGAAAAGCUGGGCAGUGGAAGAUGAGGAUCAGUUUUGCUGGCACGAUUGCAUUGGAGGUUGCAGGCCCUGUGACCCCAGCAUAGCCGGAAAGUACAAGGAGGAGGCCUCAUGCGGCCUGAUAACCAAGGUCUCAGAUGGGCCCUUCAGUCAGUGCCACAGCAAGGUGGAUCCUACAGUCUACUUGGACAACUGCGUGUACGAUCUGUGCCACAACGAGGGCUACCGGAAGGCCCUGUGUGAGGCCCUGAAGGCCUACGCAGACGCCUGCCAGCUGGAGGGGGUCAGGAUUGGGGAAUGGAGGCAGCUGGCCAGAUGCCCCAUGGAGUGCCCCCUGGAGAACAGCCAGUACCAGCUCUGUGGAACAGCCUGCCCAGCCACGUGUGUGGACCAGUCAGCCCCCAGCAGCUGCCAAGACCCCUGUGUGGAAAGCUGCCAGUGCAAGGAUGGCUUUGUGCUGAGCCAGGGCAAAUGCAUCCCCAAGAGCAGCUGUGGGUGCCUAUUUGAGGGGCGCCCUUAUGCCCCCAAUGAGAAUUUCUGGGUCGAUGAGGCAUGUGGGACACGGUGCAUAUGCAAUGCAACCACUAGACAAGUCGAAUGUGUGGCUGCUAUGUGCAAAUACUCAGAGAGGUGCGGGCUAGUGAACGGCGUACGGGGCUGUUACCCCUCCAGCUAUGCCACUUGCUCUGUGACAAGGAAUCUGCACUAUUCCACCUUUGAUGGACAGAGAUACAACUUUCAAGGCACCUGCCUCUACCAGCUCACGGCUCUGUGCAAGAAGGCAGAGGGACUGGUGGACUUUGAAGUCUACUUCCAGGAGAACAGUACCGCUCCUCUACAGAUCAAGGUGUAUCAGACCAACCUCAGGGUCAGCAAUCAAUUCCCUGGGAAAGUCCUGGUGAACAGUUUCCUGAUGAAUCUUCCCUUCAACCUCAUUGAUAAGAAAAUCUCUGUGUAUAGAAAUGGCUGGGCCACAGUGAUCCAGGCAGACUUUGGCCUCACCAUUACCUUUGCCGGGUGGUCAGGACGCACCACGGUCACUCUGCCAGUCACCUACACGGGAGCUGUGUGCGGUCUGUGUGGCAACUUCAACAGUGACAGGGAGGACGACAUGCUCAUGAGGGAUGGCACGCUGGCACCAAGCCCCCUCAGCUUUGGCCAGAGCUGGAAGGUGGGCGACCUCCCGGGAUGCUCUGCAGUAAUGAUACCACCAUGUGCAAGGGUAGAGGCUAUUGAAAAACAACAACGAGGUAGCAGAGGGCAGUGUGGGAUCAUCCUUCACAAGAGUGGCCCCUUCAAAGGAUGUCACAGCAAAGUGGACCCGCAUGGAUACUUCGUAGACUGUGUACACGGCUAUUGCGUCCUCAGUGGGCGGGAGAAUAACGUCUGCCAGGCGAUUGCUGGCUAUGCUGAGGCAUGUCAGGAAGAUGGAGCUAUGGUGCAUCCUUGGAGGACAAUGAAAUUCUGCUCUCCUUCCUGUCCCCCGAACAGUCACUAUGAAUUCUGCAGCAGCAGCUGCGAUCUGACAUGCAGCCACCUCUAUGCCCCGGUGCAAUGCACGACCCAGUGUAAGGAAGGCUGCGUGUGUGACGAGGGCUUCGUUCUCAGUGGUGACAGCUGCGUCCCCAUUUCCCAGUGCGGAUGCCUCCACUGGGGACUUUACUACCAGGCUGGGGAGACCUUCCACCCGAGUGGUUCAUGCGAAGAGCAGUGUGUGUGUCAGGCUGGUGGGGAGGUUGUGUGUAAGGCAUUCUCCUGCGGCUCUGGUGAGCAAUGCAGGGUGGUGGACGGUGUCAAGAAAUGCCAUCCAUUUGGAUCUGCGACCUGUUCUGCCUCUGGCCAGUCCCACUACCUCUCUUUCGAUGGGGUCCCCUUUGACUUCCAAGGCACCUGCACCUACAUCCUGGCCAAGACCUGCACUGAUGCCAGCCACCUUACACCAUUCACCAUCAACGUAGAGAAAGAAGAUUGGGGCACCAGGAACAUGUCCGUGGCCAAGCUGGUGUCCAUUCAGGUGUACGGGAUCACACUCACCCUGCUGCAAAACAAACAGGGGCUCAUCAUGGUGAACAGCAUGUCCCACAACCUCCCAGUGAUUGUGGCUGAUGGGCGACUUAGAGCGUAUCAACAUGGCACAAACAUUCUGGUGCAAACCAACUUCGGCCUCACUGUGAGCUAUGACUUGGUUUACCAGACCAGGGUCACUAUCUCAGAGAGCUACGAGGGCCAGACGUGCGGCCUGUGCGGGAACUACAACGGACAGGAAGAUGAGGAGUUCCUGCUCCCUGAUGGCAGGACAGUCCCUGAUGCGGCAGCAUUUGGCUCUGCUUGGGAAGUCCAGAUCCCAGGAGCAUCCUGCACAGACAGAUGUGCUGGAAACAGCUGUCCAGUUUGCGAAGAGAAGAAGAAGGAGGUCUUCAAAGGGCGCAACUCCUGUGGGCUGCUCACAGACCCCGACGGCCCCUUUGCGGCCUGCCAUGGCACGGUUAGUCCCAGUGUGUAUCAGAGCAACUGCCUGUAUGAUCUGUGCCUGGCCAAUGGGGAUGCACAGGUUCUGUGCCACAGCAUCCACAGCUACGUAACGGCCUGCCAAGAGGCCGGGGCCCCCAUCCUGCCGUGGAGGAACACCACCUUCUGCCCUGUGAGCUGCCCAGUCAACAGCCACUAUGAGGUCUGCACCGACGUCUGCACCAUCACCUGCUCUGGAGACAUUAUGGACUGCCCGGAGACCUGUGCUGAAGGCUGCCAGUGUGACGAUGGCUUCUUCUUCGAUGGCCAGGGCUGUGUGACUGGAGAAAGCUGUGGGUGCUUUGAGAGUGGGAGAUAUUACAAGCCCAAUGAGACGGUCCUGAUGAACGAGUGUCAGCAAAGCUGCACCUGCGUUCCUGCUCGAGGGGUGACUUGUAAAGCCCACAGCUGCUCCCGAGAAGACAUCUGCCAGAUUAGAGAUGGCGUCAGGGCCUGCAUCAGCAAAGUUAUUGCAUCCUGCAGUGUGGUUCGCUGCAGAGAAGGAACUAUUUGCAAGAUGAUAAAUGGGCAGCCAGAGUGUGUGCCAGUCUCUCAGGCCACGUGCUGGGCUGGGGGUUACUUGCAUUACCACACCUUCGAUGGACGGGUGUAUGAUUUCCACGGCACCUGCAAAUACAUUGUGGCCAAGACCUGUAGAGAUGACUCCGUCCUGCCCUCCUUCCAUGUCAUGGCCAAGAUCGAGAACAGUGGGAACACACAGGUCUUCUACAUUGGGUCGGUAACUGUCCAGGUGGAUGGAAUCACCGUCACAGCAGCCAGGGCUGAGGUCGGCUUUGUGGGGGUGAAUAACACCAGGGCCCACUUACCCAUCUACCUCAACAACGGGGCCCUUCGGAUCUAUCAGAGCGGCACCUCCCUCAUCCUCCGCACGAAUUUCAACCUCAGCGUGUACUAUGACUGGAACAACCACCUGAGGGUCACCGUCCCCAGGGUCUUCUCCAACAGCCUGUGCGGCCUGUGCGGCAACUAUAAUGAGGACCUCUCUGAUGACUUCCGGAUCCCAGAUGGGGACCUGGCUUCCAGUGUCACCGCCCUGGGGAAAAGCUGGGCAGUGGAAGAUGAGGAUCAGUUUUGCUGGCACGAUUGCAUUGGAGGUUGUAAGCCCUGUGCCACCAGCAUAGCCAGAAAGUACAAGGAGGAGGCCUCAUGUGGCCUGAUAACCAAGGUCUCUGAUGGGCCCUUCAGUCAGUGCCACACCAAGGUGGAUCCUACAGUCUACUUGGACAACUGCGUAUACGAUCUGUGCCACAACGAUGGCUACAGAAAGGCCCUGUGUGAGGCCCUGAAGGCCUACGCGGAUGCCUGCCAGCUGGAGGGGGUCAGGAUUGGGGAAUGGAGGCAGCUGGCCAGAUGCCCCCUGGAGUGCCCCCUGGAGAACAGCCAGUACCAGCUCUGUGGAACAGCCUGCCCAGCCACGUGUGUGGACAAGUCAGCCCCCAGCAGCUGCCAAGACCCCUGUGUGGAAAGCUGCCAGUGCAAGGAUGGCUUUGUGCUGAGCCAGGGCAAAUGCAUACCCAGGGGUGACUGUGGAUGUCUGUUUGAGGGGCGCCCCUAUGCCCCCAGUGAGAGUUUCUGGGUCGAUGAGGCAUGUGGGACACGGUGCAUAUGCAACGCAGCCACUAGACAAGUCGAAUGCGUGGCUGCCACGUGCAAACAAUCAGAGAGGUGUGGGCUAGUGAACGGUGUACGGGGCUGUUACCCCUCCAGCUACACCACCUGCUCUGUGACAAGAAAUCUGCAUUAUGCCACCUUUGAUGGACAGAGAUACAACUUCCAAGGCACCUGCCGCUACCAGCUCACGGCACUGUGCAAGAAGACGGAGGGACUGGUGGACUUUGAAGUCUACUUCCAGGAGAACAAAACCGCUCCUCUACAGAUCAAGGUGUAUCAGACCAACCUCAGGGUCAGCAAUCAAUUCCCUGGGAAAGUCCUGGUGAACAGUUUCCUGAUGAAUCUUCCCUUCAACCUCAUUGAUAAGAAAAUCACUGUGUAUAGAAAUGGCUGGGCCACAGUGAUCCAGACAGACUUUGGCCUCACAAUUACCUUUGCCGGGUGGUCAGGACGCACCACGGUCACUCUGCCAGUCACCUACGCGGGAGCUGUGUGCGGUCUGUGUGGCAACUUCAACAGUGACAGGGAGGACGACAUGCUCAUGAGGGAUGGCACGCUGGCACCAAGCCCAGUCAGCUUUGGCCAGAGCUGGAAGGUGGGCGACCUCCCGGGAUGCUCUGCAGUAAUGAUACCACCAUGUGCAAGGGUAGAGGCUAUUGAAAAACAACAACGAGGUAGCAGAGGGCAGUGUGGGAUCAUCCUUCACAAGAGUGGCCCCUUCAAAGGAUGUCACAGCAAUGUAGACCCGCAUGGAUACUUCGUAGACUGUGUACACGGCUAUUGCGUCCUCAGUGGGCGGGAGAGUAACGUCUGCCAGGCCGUUGCUGGCUAUGCUGAGGCAUGUCAGGAAGCUGGAGCUAUGGUGCAUCCCUGGAGGACUACGAAAUUCUGCUCUCCAUCCUGUCCCCCGAACAGUCACUAUGAAUUCUGCAGCACCAGCUGCGAUCUGACAUGCAGCAACCUCUAUGCCCCGGUGCAAUGCAUGACCCAGUGUAAGGAAGGCUGCGUGUGUGACGAGGGCUUUGUUCUCAGUGGUGACCACUGUGUCCCCGUUUCCCAGUGCGGAUGCCUCCACUGGGGACUUUACUACCAGGCUGCAGAGACCUUCCACCCAAGCGGUUCAUGCGAGGAGCAGUGUGUGUGUCAAGCUGGUGGGGAGGUUGUGUGUAAGGCAUUCUCCUGCGGUGCUGGUGAGGAAUGCAGGAUGGUGGACGGUGUCCAGAAAUGCCACCCAUUUGGAUCUGCGACCUGUUCUGCCUCUGGCCAUCCCCACUACCUCUCUUUCGAUGGGGUCCACUUUGACUUCCAAGGCACCUGCACCUAUAUCCUGGCCAAGACUUGCACUGAUGCCAAUCACCUUACACCAUUCACUAUCAGCAUAGAGAAAGAAUCCUGGGGCAGUGGGAACAUCUCCAUGGCCAAGCUGGUGUCCAUCCAGGUGUAUGGGAUCACACUCACUCUGCUGCAGAACAAACAGGGGCUCAUCAAGGUGGACGGGUUAUCCCACAAUCUCCCCGUGAUAAUGGUCAAUGGGCAGCUCCGAGCAUAUCAGCACGGCACUAAUGUCCUGGUGCAAACCAACUUUGGCCUCACUGUGAGCUACGACCUGGUUUACCAGGCCAGAGUCACCAUCCCAGGAAGCUACCAUGGCCAGACAUGUGGCCUGUGCGGGAACUACAAUGGACAGCAGGAUGAGGAGUUCCUGCUCCCCAGUGGCAGGACAGCCCCUGAUGCAGCAGCAUUUGGCUCUGCUUGGGAAGUCCAGAUCCCAGGAGCAUCCUGUACAGACAGAUGUGCUGGAAACAGCUGUCCAGUUUGCGAAGAGAAGAAGAAGGAGGUCUUCAAAGGGCGCAACUCCUGUGGGCUGCUCACAGACCCCGAUGGCCCCUUCGCGGCCUGCCACGGCACGGUCAGCCCCAGCGUGUAUUUCAACAACUGCCUGUAUGAUCUUUGCCUGGGCAUUGGGGAUGCACAGGUUCUGUGCCACAGCAUCCACAGCUAUGUGAUGGCUUGCCAAGAGGCUAAGGUCUUCAUCCAGCCCUGGAGGAGUGCCUCCUUCUGCCCUGUGAGCUGCCCAGUCAACAGCCACUAUGAGGUCUGCGCUGACCUCUGUACCACCAGCUGCACUGGAAACAUCAUGGACUGCCCGGAGACCUGUGCUGAAGGCUGCCAGUGUGACGAGGGCUUCUUCUUCGAUGGCCAGGGCUGUGUGACUCUGCAGAGCUGUGGGUGUUUCGAACAGGGGAGAUACUACAAGCCCAGUGAGACUGUCCUGAUGAAUGAGUGCCAGCAAAGCUGCACCUGUGUUCCUGCCCGAGGGGUGACUUGCAAAGCCCACAACUGCACCAGUGGAGCAACCUGCCAGAUCAGAGAUGGCAUCAUGGACUGCAUCAGCCAAGUUAUUCCAAAGCCAUCCUGCAGUGUGGUCCGCUGCAGGGAAGGAACUAUUUGUAAGAUGAUAAAUGAGCAGCCAAAGUGUGUGCCAAUCUCUCGGGGCACGUGCUGGGCUGGGGGAUACUUUCAUUACCGCACCUUCGAUGGAUGGGCCUAUGAUUUCCAUGGCAACUGCACCUACACCGUGGCCAAGACCUGCAGGGAUGCCGCCGGCCUGCCCUCCUUCCAUGUCAUGGUCAAGAGCAAGAACAGUGGGAACACACAGGCCUUCUACAGUGGGUCGGUGACUGUCCAGGUGGAUGGAGUCACUGUCACCGCAGCCAGGGCUGAAGCCGGCUUUGUGUGGGUGAAUAACACCAGGGCCCACUUACCCAUCUAUCUCAACAACGGGGCCCUUCGGCUCUAUCAGAGCGGCACCUCCCUCGUCCUCCGCACCGACUUCAACCUCAGGGUGUACUAUGACUGGAACAACCACCUGAGGGUCACCGUCCCUAAUGACUUCUCCGACAGCCUGUGCGGCCUGUGCGGCAACUAUAACAGGGACCCUUUUGAUGACUUCCGGACCCCAGAUGGGGACCUGGCUCCCAGUGUUGCUGCCCUGGGGAAAAGCUGGGUGGUGGAAGAUGAGGAUCAGUUUUGCUGGCAUGAUUGCAUUGGAGGUUGCAGGCCCUGUGCCACCAACAUAGCCAGAAAGUACAAGGAGGAGGCCUUGUGCGGCCUGAUAACCAAGGUCUCAGAUGGGCCCUUCAGUCAAUGCCACACCAAGGUAGAUCCUACGGUCUACUUGGACAACUGCGUGUACGAUCUGUGCCACAACGAUGGCUACAGAAAGGCCCUGUGUGAGGUCCUGAAGGCCUACGCGGACGCCUGCCAGCUGGAGGGGGUCAGGAUUGGGGAAUGGAGGCAGCUGGCCAGAUGCCCCCUGGAGUGCCCCCUGGAGAACAGCCAGUACCAGCUCUGUGGAACAGCCUGCCCAGCCACGUGUAUGGACCAGUCAGCCCCCAGCAGCUGCCAAGAGCCCUGCAUGGAAAGCUGCCAGUGCAAGGAUGGUCUUGUGCUGAGCCAGGGCAAAUGCAUCCCCAAGGGCAGCUGUGGGUGCCAGUUUGAAGGGCGCCCCUAUGCCUCCAAUGAGAGUUUCUGGGUCGAUGAGGCAUGUGGAACAUGGUGCAUGUGCAACGCAGCCACUAGACAAGUCGAAUGUGUGGCCGCUGCGUGCAAACAAUCAGAGAGGUGCGGGCUAGUGAACGGCGUACGGGGCUGUUACCCCUCCAGCUACGCCACCUGCUCUGUGACAAGGAAUAUGCACUAUGCCACCUUUGAUGGACAGAGAUAUGACUUCCAAGGCACCUGCCACUACCAGCUCACGGCUCUGUGCAAGAAGGCGGAGGGACUGGUGGACUUUGAAGUCUACUUCCAGGAGAACAGUACUGCUCCUGUACAGAUCAAGGUGUAUCAGACCAACCUGAGGGUCAGCAAUCAGUUCCCUGGGAAAGUCCUGAUGAAUGGUUUCCUGAUGAACCUUCCCUUCAACCUCGAUGAUAAGAAAAUCUCUGUGUAUAGAAAGGGCUGGGCCACAGUGAUCCAGACAGACUUUGGUCUCACUGUUACCUUUGCCGGGUGGUCAGGACGUAUCACAGUCACUCUGCCAGUCACCUAUGCGGGAGCUGUGUGUGGUCUGUGUGGCAACUUCAACAAGGACAGGGAGGACGACUUGCUCAUGAGGGAUGGCACCCUGGCACCAAGCCCAGUCAUUUUUGGCCAGAGCUGGAAGGUGGGCAACCUCCAGGGAUGCUCUGCAGUAACGAUACCACCAUGCGCAAGUGUAGAGGCUAUUGAAAAACAACAACGAGGGAGCAGGGGACAGUGUGGGAUCAUCCUAGACAAGAGUGGCCCUUUCAGAGGAUGUCACAGCAAAGUGGACCCCGAUGGAUACUUCGUAGACUGCGUGUACAGCUAUUGUGUCCUCAGUGGGCAGGAGAAUAACAUCUGCCAGGCCGUUGCUGGCUAUGCUGAGGCAUGUCAGGAAGCUGGAGCUAUGGUGCAUCCCUGGAGGACUACGAAAUUCUGUUCUCCGUCCUGUCCCCCGAACAGUCACUAUGAAUUCUGCAGCAGCAGCUGUGAUCUGACAUGCAGCAGCCUCUAUGCCCCGGUGCAAUGCACGUCCCAGUGUAAGGAAGGCUGCGUGUGUGAUGAGGGCUUUGUUCUCAGUGGUGACCGCUGCGUCCCCAUUUCCCUGUGCGGAUGCCUCCACAGGGGACUUUACUACCAGGCCGGGGAGACCUUCCACCCGAGCGGUUCAUGCGAGGAGCAGUGCGUGUGUCAGGCUGGUGGGGAGGUUGUGUGUAAGGUAUUCUCCUGCGGCGCUGGUGAGGAAUGUGGGGUGGUGGAUGGCAUCCAGAAAUGCCACCCAUUUGGAUCUGUGACCUGUUCUGCCUCUGGCCAUCCCCACUACCUCUCUUUCGACGGAGUUCCCUUUGACUUCCAAGGCACCUGCACCUACAUCCUGGCCAAGACCUGCACCGAUGCCCGUGACCUGACACCUUUCACCAUCAGUGUAGAGAAAGAAUCCUGGAGCACUAGGAAUGUGUCCGUGGCCAAGCUGGUGUCCAUUCAGGUGUAUGACAUCACACUCACCCUGCUGCAGAGCAAACAGGGGCUCAUCAUGGUGGAUGGGGUGUCCCACAACCUGCCUGUGAUCGUUGCCGAUGGGCAGCUCUGGGCGUAUCAACACGGCGUGAAUGUCCUGGUGCAAGCUGACUUUGGCCUCACUGUGAGCUACGACCUGGUUUACCAGGCCAGAGUCACAGUCCCGGGUCGCUACCAUGGCCGGAUGUGUGGCCUGUGCGGGAACUACAAAGGGCAACAAGAUGACGAGUUCCUGCUCCCCGAUGGCAGGGUGGCCCCCGACACUGCAUCCUUCGGGUCUGCCUGGGAAGUUCAGAUCCCAGAAGCCUCCUGUACAGACAGAUGUGCUGGGAACAGCUGUCCGGUCUGCGAGGAUGGGAGGGAAGAUGUCUUCAAAGAGCACAACUACUGCAGGCUGUUCACAGACCCUGAUGGUCCUUUUGCCACCUGUCAUGGCACGGUCAGCCCCAGCGUGUAUUUCAACAACUGCCUGUAUGAUCUGUGCCUGGGCAACAGGGAUGCACAGGUUCUGUGCCAGAGCAUCCACAGCUACGUGACGGCCUGCCAAGAGGCCGGGGCCCCCAUCCAGCCCUGGAGGAACACCACCUUCUGCUCUCUGACCUGCCCAGCCAACAGCCACUACGAGGUCUGUACCAACCUCUGCACCACCACCUGCACUGGAGAUAUCAUGGACUGCCCAGAGACCUGUGCUGAAGGCUGCCAGUGUGACGAGGGCUUCUUCUUCGACGGCCAGGGCUGCGUGACUCUGGAGAGCUGUGGAUGCUUCAAGCAUGGGAGAUACUACAAGCCCAGGGAGACCGUCCUGACAAAUGAAUGCCAGCAGAGCUGCACCUGCGUUUCCGCCCGAGGGGUGACCUGCAAAGCCCACAGCUGCACCAGAGAAGAAACUUGCCAGAUCAGAGAUGGUAUCAUGGGCUGCAUCAGCAAAGAUCCCUGCAAAACCCUGAAAUGCCGGAUCAAGGAGACAUGCAAAAUUGAAGAUGGCCAAGAGUCAUGUGUUCCUGCCUACACUGGAAUCUGUCUGGGCUCAGGGGAUGCACAGUACCAAACUUUUGAUGGCCUGAAGUUUGACUUGCAGGGCAUUUGCAAGUACACCAUCGCUAAGUACUGUGGCAGCGACCCUACCCUGGAGCCCUUCACCAUUAAUGAGAAGAAUGACAACAGGGGGAACCAGGAAAUCUCCUUUUGGCAGGUGACCAAUAUCUAUGUCUAUGGGUACAACAUCUCCAUCUACAAGAGGGAAAUUGGCAAAGUCCGGCUGAACAGUGUGAUCACCAGUCUCCCAGUGACACUGAAAGACGGUAAAAUCAAACUGUACCAGAAAGCUCUCAGCACCGUACUGCAGACGGACUUCGGCCUCCAGAUCACAUAUGACAAAAAUUGGCAUAUAGCGAUCACCCUCCCCAGCAGCUAUUAUGGGGCCAUGUGUGGCCUAUGUGGGAACUUCAACCACAAUCCAGACGAUGACAUGAUGUCAUCCAAAGGCACCAGCAUCUCCUCCAUCAUGGACUGGGCUGCCAGUUGGAAAGUCCAAGACCGGGACCCCUUUUGCUGGGAUUAUUGCCAAGAGACUUGCCCAGUGUGUGAUGAGAGCAAGAGAGAGCUGUAUGGGGAUGACAGUCACUGUGGGGUGAUCAGUAAAGCACCAGGAGGGCCCUUCAGAGAGUGUCACUCCAGGGUGAGCGCUGAUGACUUCUUUGACAGCUGCAUCUAUGACAUGUGUCUGAAUGAGGGGGACAAGAGCAUUCUGUGUGAGGCGCUGGAGGCCUAUGCAAAUGCCUGCAGGAGGCAUGGGGUCUCUGUCGAUGACUGGAGGACGCCAUCCAGUUGUGAUGCCUGCAAAGCUCUGAAAUGCCGGACCAAAGAGACAUGCCGGACUGAGGAUGGCCACACAUCAUGUAUUCCUGACUACAUGGGAACCUGCUUGGGCUCAGGGGAAAUGCACUACCAAACUUUUGAUGGUCUGAAGUUUGACUUCCAGGGCACCUGCACCUACACCCUGGCCAAAUACUGUGGGAGCGACACCUCCCUGGAGCCUUUCACCAUUGAUGAGAAGAACGCCAAUAAGGGGAGCCAGGAUAUCUCCUUUCUGCCAGUGACCAGCGUCUACAUCUAUGGGUACAACAUCUCCAUGUACAAGAGGGAAGUUGGCAAAGUCCGGCUAAACGGUGUGAUCACCAGUCUCCCGGUGACACUGAAAGACGGUAAAAUCAGACUAUACCAGAAAGGCCUCAGUACCGUCAUGCAGACGGACGUUGGCCUCCGGGUGGGGUACAACAAGAACUGGCAUCUGGAAAUCACCCUCCCCAGCAGCUAUUAUGGUGCCAUGUGCGGUCUUUGUGGGAACUUCAACCAGAACCCAGAAGACGACAUGAUGUCCUCCAACGGCAUCAAAGUCUCCUCCAUCAUGGGCUGGGCUUCCAGUUGGAAAGUCCAAGACCGGGACCCCUUUUGCUGGCAUUAUUGCCAAGAGACUUGCCCAGUGUGUGAUGAGAGCAAGAGAGAGCUGUAUGGGGAUGACAGUCACUGUGGGGUGAUCAGUAAAGCAGCGGAUGGGCCCUUUAGAGACUGUCACUCCAGGGUGAGCCCCGACGACGUCUUUGACAAAUGCAUCUACGACGUGUGUCUGAAUGAGGGGAAGAAGACCAUUCUGUGUGAGGCGCUGGAGGCAUACGCAGACACCUGCGGGGACCAUGGAGUCACUGUCUAUGACUGGAGGACGCCGUCCAGCUGUGAUGAAUUUGGAGGUUGGCAUUCUGUCAAAGCAGGUGGCAAUGAGACUAAUCCGACAGUUUACCCUGUUGAUGGAGGAGAUGAUGCCUGCAAAGCUCUGAAAUGCCGGACCAAAGAGACAUGCCGGACUGAGGAUGGCCACAAAUCAUGUAUUCCUGACUACAUGGGAACUUGCUUGGGCUCAGGGGAAAUGAACUACCAAACUUUUGAUGGUCUGAAGUUUGACUUCCAGGGCACCUGCACCUACACCCUGGCCAAAUACUGUGGGAGUGACGCCACCCUGGAGCCUUUCACCAUUGAUGAGAAGAACACCAAUAGGGGGAGCCAGGAUAUCUCCUUUCUGCGAGUGACCAACAUCUACAUCUAUGGGUACAACAUCUCCAUGUACAAGAGGGAAGUUGGCAAAGUCCGGCUAAACGGUGUGAUCACCAGUCUCCCGGUGACGCUGAAAGACGGUAAAAUCAGACUAUACCAGAAAGGCCUCAGUACCGUCAUGCAGACGGACGUUGGCCUCCUGGUGGGGUACAACAAGAACUGGCAUCUGGAAAUCACCCUCCCCAGCAGCUAUUAUGGUGCCAUGUGCGGUCUUUGUGGGAACUUCAACCAGAACCCAGAAGACGACAUGAUGUUCUCCAACGGCAUCAAAGUCUCCUCCAUCGUGGGCUGGGCUUCCAGUUGGAAAGUCCAAGACCGGGACCCCUUUUGCUGGCAUUAUUGCCAAGAGACUUGCCCAGUGUGUGAUGAGAGCAAGAGAGAGCUGUAUGGGGAUGACAGUCACUGUGGGGUGAUCAGUAAAGCAGCGGAUGGGCCCUUUAGAGACUGUCACUCCAGGGUGAGCCCCGACGACGUCUUUGACAACUGCAUCUACGACGUGUGUCUGAAUGAGGGGAAGAAGACCAUUCUGUGUGCAUCGCUGGAGGCCUAUGCAGACUCCUGCGGGGACCAUGGAGUCACUGUCUAUGACUGGAGGACGCCAUCCAGCUGUGAUGAAUUUGGAGGUUGGCAUUCUGUCGAAGCAGGUGGCAAUGAGACUAAUCCGACAGUUUACCCUGUUGAUGGAGGAGAUGAAACCUGCCAAACCCUGAAAUGCCGGACCAAGGAGAUGUGCAAGACACAGGAUGGCCACGCGACGUGUGUUCCCGACUACAUGGGAACUUGCUGGGGCUGGGGGGACCCGCAUUAUCACACCUUUGAUGGCCUGAAGUUUGACUUCCAGGGCACCUGCACCUACAUCAUCGCCAAGUACUGUGGGACCGACCGCUCCCUGGAGCCCUUUACCAUUGAUGAGAAGAAUGAUAACAGGGGCAGCCAGGCCAUCUCCUUUCUACGAGUGACCAACAUCUAUGUCUACGGGUACAACAUCUCCAUCUACAAGAGGGAAGUUGGCAAAGUCCGGCUAAACGGCGUGAUCACCAGUCUCCCAGUGACACUGUCAGAGGGUAAAAUCAGAGUGUACCAGAGCGGCUUCCGCGCCAUCCUGCAGACGGACUUUGGUCUCCAUGUGGCAUACAACUGGGACUGGCAUCUGGUGAUCAACCUCCCCAGCAGCUAUUAUGGGGCCACGUGUGGCCUAUGUGGGAACUUCAACCAGAACCCUGAAGAUGACAUGACAUCAGCCAGCGGCACCAGAGUCUCCUCCAUCGUGGGCUGGGCUGCUAGUUGGAAAGUCCAAGACCAGGAUCCUUUUUGCUGGGAUUCCUGCCAAGAGAACUGCCUGACAUGUGAUGAGAGCACAAGGAAGCUGUACGGGGGCGACAGUCACUGUGGGUUGAUCAGCAAAGCCCCGGGAGGGCCCUUCAGAGAGUGUCACUCCAGAGUGAACUCCAGUGAGUUCUUUGAUAGCUGCGUCUAUGACGUGUGUCUGAACAGGGGCGCUACGAGAAUCUUGUGCCAGGCGCUGGAGGCCUAUGCAGCAAGCUGCAGAGACCAUGGGGCCACCGUCUAUGACUGGAGGAUGCCAUCUGGCUGCGCCCUGCCCUGCCCUGAGAACAGCCACUAUGAGGCCUGUGGGAACGCCUGCCCAGCCAGCUGCUCUGACCGAACUGCCCCCUCCUCCUGCCAGGAGCCCUGUGUGGAGACCUGCCAGUGUAAUGACGGUUACGUCCUCAGCACUGACAAAUGCAUCCCCCUGGCGAGCUGCGGCUGUGACUACAACGGCCGCUACUACAAACCCAAUGAGGAGUUCUGGGACGAUGAGAACUGCCAGUCUCGGUGCAGGUGUGACCCCAGCGUGGGCACAGUGGUUUGCAGGAAGACCAGUUGCAAGGCCAAAGAAAGAUGCUCCGUGGUCAAUGGGAUCCGUGGCUGCCAUGCGAUCAGCUACUCCACCUGCAUAGGUACUGGAGACCCUCACUACACCACCUUUGAUGGGAAAAAGUAUGAUUUUGUGGGCACCUGCAUCUACCAGUUUGCGGCUCUCUGCUCCGAGGACCCCACACUCACCCCGUUCAAUGUCAAAGUGGAGAACAACAACGGAGGCAGCAAGGCAAUGUCCUUCACCAAAACAGUGACCUUAGAGGUCUACAACAUGACCAUCAGCUUGAGCCAGGAGCAUCCACGCAAGAUCCAGGUCAAUGGUGUCUUUGUGGCCCUGCCCUUCUCCCAUCAGCACAAGUUCAAGGCCUACAUCAGUGGAGUCCAUGGCUUUAUCCAGACUGAUUUCGACCUGAGAGUGAGCUUUGACUGGUACAGGUACGCCAGGGUCAUCAUACCCAAUACGUACGCCAACGCAGUCUGCGGACUCUGUGGCAAUGCCAAUCAGGACCCCAGCGACGAUCUGACCAUGAAGAAUGGAACUCAGACAUCUGAUGAGAUUCAGUUCGCCGACAGCUGGAAGGUUGGUGACAUCCCAGGGUGCUCGUCUAGCUGCACUGGGGACUGUUCAUUCUGCAGCGAGGCUCAGAAACAAACCUACAAGGGAGACCAGUACUGUGGAGUCCUCACCCAACAGAACGAGACAUUCAGACAGUGCCACGGGGCCAUCGACCCAGCUCCCUUCUUUGAUGAUUGUGUCUUUGACACCUGCCAGUACAAGGGUCAUCGUGACACUCUGUGCAGCGCAAUCAGUGCCUAUGUGACAGCCUGCCAGGCCAGGGGCAUCCAGAUAGGGCAGUGGAGAUCGGCCUCAUUCUGCAGACCCACCUGCCCCCUUAACUCUCACUACGAACUCUGUGGAAUCAGCUGCCCUUCCAACUGCAACAACCUGUGGGCUCUAGAUCGGUGUGAGAAACCCUGUGCUGAAGGGUGUUUCUGUGAUGCUGGAUUCACCCUGAGUGGUGACAAGUGCAUCCCCGUCGCGCAGUGUGGUUGUGUGCACCAGGCCAUGUAUUACAAGAAGGGAGAGGAGUUCUACCCCAGCGCCUCCUGCCAGAAACGCUGCCUGUGCAAAGACAAUGGGAUCGUUGAGUGCCAGGAGGCCUCCUGUGGAGCCAAUGAGGAGUGCAGGGUGAAGAACGGAGUCCUGGGCUGCCAUGCCAAAGGAUAUGGAACAUGCGUCGCAUCCAGCGGACCUCACUACAUCUCCUUUGACGGACGGGCCUUUGACUUCCAGGGCUCCUGCACUUACACCUUAGCCAAGGUGUGCAGCAGAGACUCUGGACUGGGAAACUUCUCCGUGGUGGUGGAGAAUGAGAGCCCUGGCAGUGGCCACAUGGCUGUGACAAGGACGGUGGUGGUGUCCCUGCAUGAUUACACCAUCACCAUAGAGAAGGGGAGGAAGUGGACGGUUGUGGUGGGUGGUGAGCUCUACACCCUACCACUGACUAUGGACGAUGGGAAACUUUGGAUCAACCAAGAGGGGAACAACAUCAUUGUCCAAUCAGCCUCUGGCCUUGAAGUCUUUUACGACACUGCCUCUAACCUCCUACUGUCCAUCCCCAGCACUUAUAAGGGACAUGUGUGCGGCUUGUGUGGCAACUUUAACGAUGACAAGAAUGAUGAUUUCCUGCUGCCCGAUGUGAAGAGUACCCAGAGUGUGGAUCAAUUUGUCGCCUUCUGGAAGGUGCCUAUUGAGGAUGCCAUAUGCUCUGAUGGCUGUGGUGAGAAGUGCCCCAUCUGUGAUGCAGCCCAGACAGCGCCGUACCAGACUGAGAGCUCCUGUGGGCUGAUCACAGCCAACUUGGGUCCCUUUAGAGACUGUCACUCAAUAGUCAGUCCUGUUCAGUACUUCAACCACUGUCUCUAUGACAUGUGUGCCACCAACGGAAGGGGAGAGACCCUCUGCCAGAGCCUGCAGGCCUAUGUGGCCACGUGCCAGGCAGCUGGGGUCAAGAUCGAGACCUGGAGAACGGCCUCCUUCUGCCCCCUUGCCUGCCCAGCUAACAGCCACUACGAGCUGUGUACCAGAUCCUGCGAUUUCACCUGUGCCAGCUUGUUUGCCCCUGCCCAGUGCACCGGGAAGUGCUUUGAAGGCUGCUGGUGUGAUCCAGAAUACGUGUCCGAUGGGGAGGCAUGCGUCUCCAUGGACAGGUGUGGCUGUGUGCACAAUGGACGCUACAUCAAGGCCGGGGAGAGCUUUGUCUCCAGCAACUGUUCCAAGAAAUGCACCUGCCACGCUUCGGGCGAGGUCAUCUGUGAAGAAACAAACUGUUCCGAAGAGGAGAAAUGCAUGCUCAGGAAUGGGGUGCGCAGCUGCGUGAAGCAGGUGGGCCGGUGCACGCUGGCCCGAGGAAUAUGGUUCAACUCCUUUGAUGGUGUCGAGAGGGAAGUCCUCCUUGAUGGGCCCUACGAGGUGUCUUCCCUCUGCGAAAGGGGCGACCUCCCCUGGUUCCAGAUGGUGGUCAGUGUAUUCAGAGAAGGUGGCGUGGCCGUUCCUGAUGGCAUCUCCGUUUUCUUCGAGGAGGGUCUGAUCCAUGUCAAUAAGAAAAAGGAGAUUUGGGUGAGAGGGCACCAAAAGCAGCUCCCAGUGAAUGUAUCCGAAACCUUGUCUGUAAGUGAGUCUCAGGGCACCAUCAUGAUUGUCCAGGGCUCUAGAAUAAAGAUUCUGUUCAGCCUGAGCGGGGAGGUGACGGUGACAGUCAGCGAGAGCCUGGCUAACAAGCUGUGUGCACCUUGCGGGAACUUCAAUGGCGACAUCUCCGACGACCUGCGGCUGCGCAGCGGGCAGGUUGUGGGGAACAUCACGGACGUCUUUGAAGCUUGGAGGGCACGAAAACUCUCAAGAGGUGAUCUUUAAAAGCCUCCUGAGCUUCAGUGAACCCCACCCCAUUUCCCUUCCCUGGACGUGGACUGGGCUGGCCGGUUACUCAGUAACAGGUCAUAGCUUAGCGCACAAACGUGUUCCUUCCCGUAGGGCUCUCCCUGCAGCGUGGAUGAGUUCAGUGGUGCCGGGUGCAUGACGGAAAAUCUCAUCUGGACUUGUCAAUAGAGACGUUUGCAAAGGUGUGUCUGAAGCAGCCGGCUCUGGCACGCCUCGGGAACUGACUUUCGUGUUCCACUUGGAUCUAACUGUGCUACAGUCCUUUCACACCACCCUUUAAGGCCUCUUUAUGCUGCCAAAGUGGAAUAAAGGAGUCUCAGCAUAA